GCAGAUAACCUAGUGGAGCAGAAUAGAAAACACUUCUACGAGCUGUCCCUCGAGUACGUGUGCAAGUUGCAAGAGAUACAGGAGCGGAAGAAAUUUGAGUGUGUGGAACCUGUGCUAUCGUUUUUUCAGGGUUUGUUCACUUUCUAUCAUCAGGGAUAUGAACUUGCUAAAGACUUCAAUCAUUACAAAAUGGCCCUGCAGAUAAAUAUACAAAAUACACGAAAUCGUUUUGAAGGAACAAGGUCAGAGGUAGAGGAGCUCAUGAACAAGAUCAGAAGGAAUCCUCAGGAGCAUAAAAGGGCAAAUCACUUCACCAUGGAAGGCUACCUCUAUGUACAGGAAAAAAGACCUGCUCCCUUUGGUUCCAGUUGGGUGAAGCACUACUGCAUGUAUAGGAAAGAGACAAAGAAGUUCACCAUGAUCCCAUUUGAACACCGAUCAGGAGGAAAAGUUGGUGAUGAGGAACUGUUCGUCCUCACCUAUUGUACCAAAAGAAAUACAGAUACAAUAGACAGACGAUUCUGUUUUGACUUAGAAGCUUCAGACAGGCCUGGAGUUCCUGUAACCAUGCAGGCAUUUUCUGAGGAAGACAGGAAGCUAUGGAUGGAAGCCUUGGAUGGAAAAGAAGCUCUCUUCAUCAAUUUGAAUAAACCAAACGCAAACCGAGAGGGAAGUGCACAAUUGGAUAAAAUUGGGUUCACCGUCAUCAAAAAGUGCAUCAGUGCUGUUGAAACACGAGGUAUAAAUGACCAAGGAUUGUACAGAGUUGUGGGGGUGAGUUCAAAGGUCCAGAGACUUCUGAGUUUGUUGAUGGAUGCAAAAACCUGCAAUGAAGUUGACCUGGAAAACUCUGUAGAUUGGGAAGUAAAGACAAUUACUAGUGCUAUGAAGCAAUAUCUACGAAGCCUUCCAGAGCCACUGAUGACAUACGAGUUGCAUGGAGAAUUCAUCGUUCCUGCCAAAAGUGGGAGUCCUGAAUCUCGAGUCAAUGCUGUUCACUUCUUGGUCCAUAAACUGCCAGAAAAGAACAAAGAGAUGCUGGAGAUCUUGGUGAAACAUUUAGCAAAUGUUUCAAAGCAUGCCAAGAGGAAUCUAAUGACUGUGGCAAACCUAGGGGUAGUGUUUGGACCAACCUUAAUGAGGCCACAGGAAGAAACUGUAGCAGCCAUCAUGGACCUGAAGUUUCAGAAUAUUGUGGUUGAAAUCCUGAUAGAAAAUCAUGAGAAGAUUUUCAAAACCCUGCCUGAUGCCACUUUCCCCGAGCCAAUCUCUAUGUCAGUAUCUCCUCCAAAUGCCCCACCAAGGCAGUCAAGAAGACAAGGACAACGUAUUAAGAGGCCUCUGGCUGUUUACAAUCUCUGUCUGGAGUUGGAUGAUGUCGACAGUCACAGCUCUCCCAGAGAAGACACCCCAACUGGGAGCAUAGAUUCUCUUUCUUCCCAGUCUCCAACACCUGCCUUCUCUAGUAGCCCCCCUGGGCUCUUGGAUGGAAAUCACCUUAUCAUGGACAGUGGAGAUCUUGCAGGCUGGACAACAAAUCUCCCUGGUCAAAGCCGCCCAUCGAUGGUCUCGUGGAUGAAUGUUCCAUCUGCUAAUCCAGCUGCCACAAAUACUGCACUAUCCACUUUCUUCUUCCCCAACCCUGCCACUGGGAGUGACAGAGCAGUGGAAAGUGCUGCCCACCGGAAAGCAAGAGCAGUUUAUCCGUGUGAAGCAGAACAUAGCUCUGAAUUGUCAUUUCAGAUAGGAGCAAUAUUUGAGGAUGUGCAAUUUUCCAGAGAACCAGGAUGGCUAGAAGGCACGUUAAAUGGCAAGAGAGGACUUAUUCCACAAAAUUAUGUUCAGUUUUUAUAGCUUUGUGCAUUGAACGCCAAGAAGGUGUACAUGGUAUCCAUGGAUUUUUGUUCUAGUCACUUGUCUCUACUUCUGUGACUGCUUUUAAUCAAUGAAGAGCUGGACUAUGGAUUGAAGAUCCUAAUCUGUAUAAAGACAUUGUGUUGCCAAAUAUGAAUUAAAAAAAAAAAAA